AUGAACGGAGAAUCGUGCCUCCCAUCGCGGGAGAGUGCAGCUGCCACGAACAGAAGAUCAAGUCUACAGGCGCCAGCUACGAAGAAUGGCGAGCUAAGUCUACAGGCAGACUCGGGCCUCGCCGCCUGCUUUCAGCAGUUCGUCGACAUCGAUUUGGCGGGAACCGCGAGCUCGGAUCUACCGUGGAACAACUCUCUCUGUUUCAGCACCGGUUUGCCCGGCACCGUACGCUUGGAUACCGGAGUGCCGGACCGCACUCAGCUCGCCCGACGUGACAACGAAGGCACGCCGACUGCUGUGGGGCACCGCACAUCGAGCCUGCAAGCGCACCCGGGAUCGGCGGUCGCUACCACAUGGAACGGAGAAUGGAGCCACCCAACACGCAUGAGCGCGCCAACCACUGCGCAGGACGCCGGGUGGGGCGUCC